UCUCCCCCAAGAAAAACAUUAAACAUAUGAUUUUCGCGACACAUGUUCGGCUUCCGCGAUCUCCGAAGAAAUUGCAAAUUCGAGUUGAUCUGCUUGUUUUCUCACGAGACGUCGCAGUUUAAAUAAAUUCGUGCACCUAAAUAGCCGGGAUUAUGCAAAUAUCGUGAGCUGCAUUGCGAAUCACUCAGGGUGUCUAGAAAAUUUGGUGAUUCAUCAAUUUUGUCUGCAAGGUAAAAAAGUGCUUUUGACUGUGAAAAAGUUCUCAAAAAUCAGUGAAAUUUUUAGUGAGUAGUUAUUUUCCUUUCAGAGAACCUCGUUAGAACAUCAUUAAACACAGUUCCCAUCAGAUAGCUCAGCAAUGGAUAAUUGGAACGUUUUAACUGUCCAAUCAGCUUCCUCCCAAAUCCAGACGCACGAUAUGAACUCGAGCUUCCGGAGGAGGCAUAUGAUGGGACCCGCUCCGACGAUCGAGAAACUCCCGGAUAAGGUGCUCCUCAAUAUUUUCUCUUAUUUGAGCCAUUUGGAGAUCUGCCGUAUGGCACGGGUUUGUCGUCGAUGGCGUCAAGUUGCUUACGAUACGCGCCUAUGGAAGAAUGUCUCACUUCGUCCGGAAGUCUCGGGGCUCCAUGUGGGAUCACUCGAAUCUCUUUUGGGAUUGAUUUCGGUGAGAUUUGGACCAUCUCUGCGGUAUAUUGAAUUACCCAUUGAGUUGAUCACGCACACAGUUCUGCACGAAUUAGCCGCCAAGUGUCCUAAUCUCACACACAUGCUGCUCGAUUUCUCAACUGCUAUGCAGCUUCACGAUUUCAGUGAGAUGCAGGCAUUUCCCACAAAACUUCGCUAUAUGUGUAUCUGCCUCUCGGAAGUUAUCUUCAUGGAGGGUUUUAUGCGAAAAAUCUAUAAUUUUAUAAACGGCCUUGAGGUCCUCCAUCUCCUGGGCACGUAUGAGAAGUGCGAGGAAGAGGAAGAAGAAAUUUAUGAGGUGAUCAAUGUUCACAAAUUAAAAUCUGCCACACCAAAUCUACGUGUGAUCAACCUGUAUGGAAUAAACUUUGUCGAUGACUCACAUAUUGAUGCAUUCAGCUCCAAUUGCAUCCAACUUGAAUGCCUUGCUGUGAAUUACUGCAACAAAGUCACGGGAUCUACGCUGAAGACACUCAUUCAGCGAUCUAAACGACUCACGUGCCUCCUCAUGAAUGGCACAAGCCUUCGAUCUGAAUACCUCCUGCAGGUGGAAUGGGACAAAUGUGCCCUCCUGGAGCUCGAUAUCACAGCAACGGAUAUCAGUAGUGAAGCUCUCAUUGAUCUACUCGUGCGAAUUCCUUCAUUGCGCUUCCUUAGUGCUGGACAAAUCAACGGCUUCAAUGAUACCGUACUCAAGGCAUGGAUGGAAGGUGGCAACACUAAAUCCCUCAUAGCUCUCAAUCUCGAAGCAUCGGACAACUUAUCCGACGAAGCCCUCCUCAAGUUCCUAUCGCGCCACGGUGGACAGCUACAUGCUCUCGUACUCUCCGGGAUGACACACAUCACUGAUCAACUCUGGAUGAGUGUCUUGCCCAUCCUAACCAAUGCUCGGAUCCUCGUAAUGGGUACCACUGAACGCCUCUCCGUGAACAUUCACGUUGAUCAACUUAUGGAUGCUAUUGCUUCUUACUGUUCAAAGUUGGAGCGAUUAGAAUUAAGGUGGGAUCCGGAAAAUUUGAGAUUCUCAGACAAGAGUCAGAAAGCCAUUGAUUUGCUGCGUGUAAAGUGCCUAAAAUUGCGAUGUAUGGUCCUCAGCGAUGGUCGCUACUAUGAAACGGUUAAGGCGAACUUUGAGCGUGCUGAUCGUACGACGGUGGUGAGGACAACCACAUGCUGCCAAGUUUCAGCUUAUCACCUCCUCAGUAACUACAAUGAUUUGGUAUUCAAUUGACGAUAAGGCGUUAAAAUUUCAUUGUUAAUUUUCACAGUGGAAAAUGUUUUUCUUGUUGCUUGAAAAUAGAAAAUGAAUUUCAAA